AUGGCAAAUCAAACAAACGUAGAACUUUUCACCCAUGGACUAGUGAGAGUUCUCAAAGAACAAUGGAAGGUCGAUGUAUGGCUCAAGUCCGGCCACACCAAUGACGAUGACGAAAUCAUCGCCGCCCACAAAAUUAUUCUGGCAGCAAGAUCAAAGGUGUUCGCGACCAUGUUUGAAUCCGACAAAAUCAAGAGCUGGAUUGUUGAAGAGACAAUCACUCUCUCCGAUCUUAAACAUGAUGAGUUGGAGGUUUUUGUCGAGUUUUGUUACGCAGGGGAGUCCAUGCCGCCCGAGAAGCUAAAGAAACAUGCAAUGUCCUUGUACCGAGCAGCUGACAAAUACGAGAUUCCUUAUUUAAGGGAUCUAUGUAGAAACCAGAUUAUGUCGUCUAUAAACGCUUCAAACGCUUUUGAAAUUCUAGAGCUCUCAAGAGUACCUCUUGAUGAAACCCUCCGAGACUUUGCUAACAAUUAUAUCGCGUUUCAGUCGAGUGUGGGUUUUACGUUAGAUAGGUUUAGGACAUUUAAGGAUAGAGAUAAGUAA